GAGACAGACUUCCGAUGGCAUCUUCUCCACUUUGGACUCUGCAACAGAAAAGGACUGUAGCAAUGGUACUGUAUAUAGCGGCGAUAUUAUUAUCAUUCAGCCCUUCUAGUUCUGCCGGAAGCCCCUACACAUCCAUCUUCAACUUCGGCGACUCAAUUGCCGAUACCGGAAACUUGUAUUUCAGCUCCCAACCACCGCCGCUCCACCAUUGCUUCCGCCCUCCCUACGGCAAAACCUACUUUGGCCACCCCACCGGAAGGUGCUCCGAUGGCCGUCUUAUCAUCGAUUUCAUCGCCGAGUCUAUGGGGAUUCCAUUGUUGAAGCCAUAUCUGGGAAUCAAGAAUGGCGGUGUGAAGAAUUGGAAGAGUGAUGAAGGAGUGAAUUUUGCAGUUAUAGGAGCAACGGCCAUGGAUCUAGGGUUCUUUGAAGAGAAAGAUAUCCACAAUUAUCAAACCAACGAUUCUCUCAGAAUUCAAUUAGCAUGGUUUAAAGAAUUAUUGCCUUCACUCUGCAAUUCUUCAUCAAGCUGCAAGAAUAUUUUUGAAAAGUCAAUAUUCGUGGGAGAAAUCGGAGGCAACGACUUCAAUUAUCCUCUCAUGUUACGAAGAAGUCUGGCAGAGAUUAAAACUUACGUGCCCCCCGUGAUUAAUACAAUCUCUUCCACAAUAGUUGAGUUGAUUGACCUAGGAGCUCAAACGCUCAUGGUUCCAGGAAAUUUUCCAAUAGGAUGCAAUACAUUAUAUUUAACAUUGUAUCAAAGCAAACACAUGAAGGACUAUGAUGAAGGUGGUUGCUUAAAGUGGUUAAACAAGUUUGCUAGAUACUACAACAAGAGACUCCAAUAUGAAUUAAAUCGACUUCAAGUGCUUUAUCCCAACAAUAUCAUCUAUGCUGAUUACUACAAUGCUGCGUUACCAUUGUAUCAUUCUCCCACAAAAUUUGGUUUUAUGGAUCUGAAAGCUUGUUGUGGAGGUGAAAUCAAUAACAGUGGUUCAACAGGAUGUGGAAGUGAAGGAGUGAAAGCUUGUGAUGAUCCUUCAAAGCACAUUAGUUGGGAUGGUCUUCAUCUGACUGAGGCAGCAUAUAGAUUGAUUGCCCAAGGAUUACUAAAUAGGCCCUACGCUUCAUGAAUGUAUACAUUAUUGGGAGAAUUAUAAUCAAAUAAGGAAAUCAAUUAUUUUUCCAUAGUUCAGUUACAAGUCAAAUUAUAACAUUUACAAGUGGAUGAGACUUGUUAGUUUUAUUAUUUGGGACUUAUAGGCUAUAUCCAAUUCUCCCUGAAUUAAUUAAUGGAAUCUUUGAAAAUUUCAACAA